GUUAAAUAAUCAACUUAGCAUUGGUUUUUCAAAUUCCAUUGAAAAACCAUCCACACUUCAGUCAAUUUUGAAAAUAAAAAUAAUUUCAAUUUCAACAGAAAUACAUUUGAUCCCUCUUUCAAAACCAUGAAUUACCCAUCAUCCCGUGAUAAUAACAAUCAAGAAUAUAAAGACUUGCCUCAAUGUAAAAUCAAAAGAAACUACUCUUGCACUCAUUGUUUAUAUUUUACUCAAAAUCCUCGAUUUUAUCUAACCCAUUUGCGAGAUGUUCAUGGCGAAAGAAUAACCCUAAACAAUUGUAAUCUCUGUCUAUAUGCUUCUCGUCACUAUCAAAAACUAGUUCGUCACAUGAAAAUGGUUCAUGGCACAACAGCCGAAGCAAUUCCUGGACAAACAUCACGUAAGCGUCCUCUAAUCGAAGAAGUCGUAACCGAUUCCAUUGUCAUUCCGCCUCUGCCAACUCCACCCAAAUGGAUUAUCGAUAUUGACAAUCUGUCCUAUGAUCUUAAAUCAUCUCGCAAAACACUCAGAGACAUAGCUGCCAUAUAUUUUGCUGAGAAUGAUAUUGAAGAGAUUAUGGCCAAAAUGGAAGCUAGUGAUGUUGUUGAAGUUGUUCCAGAAGUAAGUAAAGUUUCAGGUUCUAUGGGAAUGUCUGUUGAAACAGUAUUUGGUGAUCCAAAAUCCAUUGGAAGUGAAGAUUUGGACAUUAUCUGUGAAUGUGGUUACGUUUCCACGUGUUUCUUGGAUUCAAUCAUUCAUGGAAAGUCUUGCUUAAUGCAUCAAAAUGUGAAAGACUAUGAAUGUACACCAUUGGAUCUUAGUUUAAGGUCCUUGAAUGGUAAUCCAACAAAUGGUAUACAAAUGGAACCACAAGUAGCCAAACAGGUUAAUUCAAAAAAGUCCUUUUUGGAGCAGUUUGAAUAUUUUUCCAACUGCGAAGACAUUGAUUUGACCAUAGAAAGGGUAGAAUCUUCAAAAGAAGUCAUAUGGAAUCCAGAAAUAGACAUAAAUGGAACAGACAAAACAGAAAAUCAAGAUGAGACUCCUAUUAUCGCCAAAGAAGAAGUUCCAACUCCUAACACGCAUAAAAAAGUAUUCAAAUGUCCACUGUGUUCAUUCUGGGCAUCGACUGCAUCUCGAUUUCAUGUCCACAUUGUUGGCCAUCAAAAUAAGAAAUCAUUCAAAUGUUCUUUGUGUGCAUAUUGUUCCAAUUGGCGUUGGGAUAUUACAAAGCACAUUCGUCUUAGGACCCUUCGCAGUCCGAGUCAUAGGAAUGCUCGAGUUUUGAUUCAUGGAGAGAUUGAUGGUGGCCGACAUAACUAUGAGAAAUACGAUCGAUAUAUUACUUUGGUUAAGAUUUCAGAACAAGAUGACGAUUUGAAAUUUAAGAGGUGUGGUGAAUUGGUAGAGAAUAAAGAAGAUUCAGAGGAUUUGAGUAAAGAUGAUUUGGAGACUCAAAAUUGUAGUCUUGAAAAAGUUCAAAUACCAACGGUUAUAUCAAGUCUACCGGAAGUUGUGCAGAAUGAAACAAAUUCACAGUCGAAAAUCAAAGAAUGUAGUCCUCGGACCUAUUUGAUUUUCGAGGAUGGUGAGAAACCUUUUUACAAGUGCAGUCAAUGUUAUUUUAGUCACCCAAAUCGUGAUGCAGUUUUAGUGCAUAUUAAAUUCCAGCAUCAUGAUUUGCUUACGAGUCUUAUGAUCUCAUCCAAAUCAGGGAAAACCAAUGCAGGCAAAGUUCAAGGUUCCAAGGAAUUACCAAACGAUGAAGUCAAGAGUUCCACUGGAUCAAGUAAUUCUUCAAAGAAUAUUACAGAUUCAACAUUUAUUGAUGUUGAAAAUGAUGAUAUACCAAAAAGUGAGAAGCAUGUCUCUACUGACUUUACUUCAUCCCCAAAAGAUUCAUUGGAAUGUGUUGAUAUUAAAGUUGAAGAUGGUCAGAAAACCGUUGAUGGAGGAGUUUCAAGUUCAAAUAAUGAUGAAUUUGAUGCAAGAACUCUUGCUGCUUUUCGCUGUUGGCAUUGCCAUCAAGUUUCGAAUUGGAAACAUGUUAUUCAGCGACAUUGUCGACUCAAACAUUCUGGAUCGAUUCGCAUUGAAUCCAUCCAUCGCAGUCCUGAUACAAAAAGUCCCAUCUACCGAAUGUUGAAUCUUUCAUCAAACUCAUCUGCUUCAGAAGCAGUUUCCGAAAAUGGCGCCCAACUUGAAACAAAAACUAAUGACCAGAAAUACAAUGACAUAAAAAAUAAGUCCAUCAAUUCAGAUAAAGAGAAUGAAAAACUUCCCAAAAACUCGAAAAAUAAAACUCCACUAAAAAUUACUGAAAAAGUUGAACAUAACCUACUAAAAUUUGCAUGCAUCCAUUGUCCUUUUAUUGGCAAAAAUGAAUUUGGUUUAAAUAGACAUUGCGCCAUAAAACAUAAGGCAUCAAGUAGUAUUCCUAAGACACCUGAAAAAUCUAUUGAGAAAGAAGAAGUCAUCAAAUCAACUGCUAUUUCCGAGGUGAAAAAGGAAAUUUUAGAUGAAAAUGAUAUAACAUAUCCUCCUGAAAAAUGUCUAUUUUGUUCAUUUGAAAGUGGUUGUCCAUCUGCAAUGAAAUUUCAUACACAAACUCAUAUCAAGAUUUCCAAAGUUGAAGAAGUAAAUAUCAAAAAAGAAGUUGAAUCAAAUAUCAACCAAUCAGAAGAAAGUAGUUCUAAAAAUACGAACCAUCUCGAAAUAUUUCAAAAACUAGAAAAUUCCUCAUCAACUCACAAUACUACUCCAUUGAAGACGAAUUCCGCGUUAAACUGUGAUAAACAGCCCCAAUUGAAUUCUAAACUCAACAAAAUUUCAAAUGUAAAACCAAGCAACUAUAAAAUGCCUUCAACUCCACCAGCAGCAUCCCCCAACAAAACUAUUUUUGUGAAUCCAAAAACUGGUAAAAUUGUACGGAGAAAUUAACAUUCCUUUUUAUAUUUUAUUUUAUUAAUAAAACAUCAGUAAAUUAUACAAAA